UUGCGAUGCGGCCAACUGUUCACAUCCUUCAAUACGAGCAGCUGGCCUGGCCGCCAUCAAUGGAGCUCGACCAAACACUGCCCUGAGCUGUCAAUGCUGUAGUCUGGACUUUUUUUCACCCACUCGGACCGUCCUUCAACUUGCCGUUCCACGUGGCUGGCAGGGGUAAACUGCACUUGGUAACUGUGCUUGGUUUGAUGUCUGGCUGUCCGUGCCCUGGAGAGCCUGCCGGAAGUGGAAGCGGCCACCUACAAAGUCUCCCAGCACCCUUGGCCCCUCGCACUUGAACCGGUACAUAUCGCUCGAGGCGCUUGUCACCUAUCGUCCGCAGGCGGAACAGCAGCUGUGACACAACGCCCAUCCAAGAAACCAGAUCAACUGCCCGCCAUGCUCCGGCUUUGGAGGCUCCCUCGGGGCCUUGCAGCCGCGAUGCUGGCUGCUAUGCUCCACUUGCAGCUGCCUGUAGCGGCUGGAGCACCCUCGGUCGAGGUUUCCAUGCAGGCUGCUUUCCCCUCGCCGCCAUAUCUCCUUGAGCUGCUAGAAACGGCUGCCCAGGAGAAUUCGACCGCCUACUUUCCCCUCCUUGACCGCAUCGCCAGCGGCCACUUUGCCAAGGCAGCUAGCGACAAGGAGCUAUAUGAGACGUUCCUGCAGCUGGUCCAGGAUGACGGCCACAUCACAAGCCCCGAUGCCCUCUCCACCUUCAAGUUGGCUUUGUCCAUGCGCUCGGCCGCGCCACGCAUCGAGGCUCACUAUCAGCACUACAGGACCGCCGUAGAGCCCAAGGUUAAGGGCAAGGUUGACAACUGCCCAGAGUGGACUCUACAGUCUGGCGAGGCUAUCUGCUCGUUGGACAAGCCCCAGGCCGUGGCUGUGAUCUCGGGCAGGUUGUUGGAGAGAGAUGUGUCGUUCGACGUGAGACUGGGGAACGAUGAUACGGGCAUCAUCUUGUAUGCCGAUAUUACCUCCCCGACCUUUGGGUCCGUUCACCAGAUUCUGGCUACCGCUGCCAGAAAUGGCGGCCCUUCGUACCGACUGCGCUACCGGAGGAUAUCGAAGGCCACCGAGGAGCCCGAGCCCCUACCUCUGAGCGGCUAUGGUGUCGAGCUGGCGCUGAAGAGGACCGACUACAUCGUUAUUGACGACAGGGGGUCCGAAAAGGACAAGAGCGAGGACGCGUCGGCAAAGAAAUCCCAGGUCGCUGCCGAGGUCGUGCUUGAUGGUGACGAGGACGUAAGCGACCUUAAGCCGCUGUCGGCCUCGGAGCUUGAAGAGCUCGGCCUCAAGGCGGCCGAUUUCAUUCUGCACAGCGACAAGCCGUUUGAGAUGCUGCUGAAGCUCACGCAGGACUUCCCCAGGUUCUCGAACCCUGUGGCCGCUCACAACGUCUCUGAAGGGUUCCGGUCAGAGCACUACGCGAAUCACCUACAACUGCUCCAGAGUGGCCAGAACGUGCUGUGGAUGAACGGCAUGCAGCUGCACGAUCGGCAGAUCCAGUCCUUUGGUCUCGUCGAUGUACUUCGCAAGGAGCGGAAGUUGAUCAACGAGGUCCGGGCUCUGGGCUUGUCGGGUAGGAAUGCUGUUGAUCUGCUCUCUCACUCGGCCGUGGCCUCGUCCAAGGCUGACGACGAGCCUCCCCGGUUUGACUGGACCGACCAGACUGAGGAGGGCAUGGCCAUUAUCUGGAUGAACAACCUGGAGAAGGACAAGCGCUACAGCAGUUACAGCCCGAGCCUGAUGGCUUUGAUCUCGGGCGGCAUGCCCGGACAGCUGCCUCCUUGCCGCAAGGAUAUCCAUAACAUCGUCUUGCCUGUCGAUCUCGCCCAGAAGGCCGACAUGACGCUGGUCGUAUCAAAAAUCCUCAACUUUGUCAAGCAGCGCAUUCCCAUCCGCUUCGGUCUGGUGCCGCUCACGCCCACCCCUGAGUCAGUGCAGCAGGCCAAGGUGGCAUAUCACCUACUUCAAUCCUACGGCCUGGCGUCUUUGAUCUCGUACGUCGAGGCCAUGGUUGAGGCCGGCGCGGCCGGUGCCCCGGACCAAAAGGCGUUUGAUGCCGCCAUCCAGGACCGCUCCCUGCGCUCAGACGCGGAGGCCCUCACGCUCGACCAAGUUCUCGCAUCGGAGGCUUAUGCAUCCCAGGUCGCAUUCGCGGGCAAGUGGGCCAACCGACUGGGCGCUAACUCGGUUGUGCCGCCCCUUUUCGUCAACGGCUUUGCUAUCCCUCGCGAUUCCGAGGGCAACUGGAUGAACGCCAUGAGUAACCGUGUCAUGGGCGAUCUCAGGUCGGUGCAGCAGGGCGUUUACUACCAGAUGAUCAGCUCCGAGACCUGGGUGCCCAGCCUCUUCCUCGAGAACGCAGCAGCCCGACGCAACCGCUUCAUCUUCCCAGAGGGCGGCAAGUCUCUGACGAUUCUCGACGUCAACAAGAUCUACUCUGAGCAUGAUGAUCUGUUCAGCCGUGCUGUCGUCGUCGAUGCGGAACAGGAUGCUGCCAAAGACACUUGGGCAGUGUUGACUGUCGUCUCGGACCUGGAAGGCAAAGACGGCCGGGAGCUGCUCCUUUCGGCCCUCCGCUUCCGCGCCAGCAACCCUGGCGUGCGCCUUGACAUUGUGCACAACCCCGUUUGGAGGACCUCCCACAACAUCAACAGCAAUCUGAAGGGGAAGAUGCAGGAGCUGUUGGCCGCCGACUCCGAGGGCGCCCUUGCGGCCAUCCUGGACGAAGUCGCAAAUAGCCCGCAGAUAAACAACGGUCUCGAGUACGCGGUUGCGCUCGAGAGGUUCCAAAAGGCGGCGGCGAUCCAGCCGACUGAGUCGAUGCUGCUGCUGAACGGCCGUAUGGUCGGCCCCAUUGCGUCGGCAGCUGAGUUCGGAGAGGAUGAUUUCAAAACGCUGUUGGAUUUCGAGCAGAGCAACAGGAUCUUGCCCGUCUUCAAGGCGCUUGAGGAACUUGGCCUUGAGGAUAAACUAACAGACCCGGUCGCCGCCGCCAAGCUCACAUCGCUCACGGCGCUGUCCACCAUCUCGGAUGUACCGGACGGCGCGUUCGAGACCCCGUCCAUGCUGAGAAUAUCGUCCUUUAGCAUUUGGAAUUCGGCUUAUACAGCUUUCGAGGUUGGCGACCCAGCCAAGGCCACAAUCUUCUUCACCGCCAUCAUUGACCCUGCCAGCGAGCUCGGCCAGAAGUGGGCGCCGCUGCUCAAGGUCCUGUCGGAGCUGGAGGGAGUUCAUCUCAAGGUGUUCCUGAACCCCAAAGACAAGCUCGAGGAGCUUCCUGUCAAGCGGUUCUACCGAUUCGUCAUGGAAUCCACUCCCAAGUUCGACAAGUCAGGCAAGCUGGAAGCGCCGACCGCUCUGUUCAAGGGCCUGCCGUCGGAAGCGCUGCUGAACUUGGGCAUGGAUGUGCCGCCGGCGUGGCUCGUCGCCCCCAAAGUGUCGAUUCACGACCCGGACAACAUCAAACUCAGCACUAUCGGCAGCGACGUCAAGGCGCUCUACGAGCUCGAGCACAUUCUCAUCGAGGGCCAUGCCCGCGAUCCCAAAGGGAGCUCGGUGCGGGGCGUGCAGCUGGUGCUGGGCACCGAGUCCAACGCGCACCUGGCUGACACGCUCAUUAUGGACAACCUGGGCUUUUUCCAGUUCAAGGCCAACCCCGGCCUGUACAAGAUUCAGAUCGAGGAGGGUCGUAGCUCGGAGCUGUUCUACCUGGAGAGUAUCGGCGCACACGGCUUCGCCCCCAUUGCGGGUGACGAGUCGGCCGAGACGGCGGUUCUGGACUUCCUCGGCACGACUCUGUACCCGCGCCUGAGGCGGAACACGGGCAUGGAGGACCUGGAUGUGCUCGAGGACAGCAAAGCUGCGGCAGCCUCGACUGGCGCUGGCGCAGCGAUGGAGUUUGUCAACAAGGGACUCAAGUUUGCCGAAAGCCUUCUAGGCGGAGGUAAGGACAAGCAGAAGGUGGUGACCAGGUCGGAGCAGGCCGAGAUCAACAUCUUCUCUGUGGCCAGCGGGCACCUGUACGAGCGCAUGCUCAACAUCAUGAUGGUCAGCGUGAUGCGGCACACAAAGCAUACGGUCAAGUUCUGGUUCAUUGAGCAGUUCCUGUCGCCAUCGUUCAAGGACUUCAUCCCGCACAUGGCGGCCGAGUACGGGUUCCAGUACGAGAUGGUGACGUACAAGUGGCCGCACUGGCUGAGGCAGCAAAAGGAGAAGCAGCGCGAGAUUUGGGGCUACAAGAUCCUGUUCCUCGACGUGCUCUUCCCGCUCUCGCUCGACAAGGUCAUCUUUGUGGACGCGGACCAGGUGGUGCGGGCCGACAUGUACGAGCUGGUAACGCUUGACCUGCAGGGCGCGCCCUACGGCUUCACGCCCAUGUGCGACUCACGCACCGAGAUGGAAGGGUUCCGCUUCUGGAAGCAGGGCUACUGGGAGCGCUACCUCAAGGGCCUGCCCUACCACAUCUCGGCGCUCUAUGUCGUCGACCUGCGCCGGUUCCGCGAGCUCGCUGCGGGCGACCGGCUGCGGCAGACGUACCACUCGCUCUCGGCCGACCCGCAGUCGCUAUCCAACCUUGACCAGGACCUGCCGAACCACAUGCAGUUCUCCAUCCCCAUCCACAGCCUGCCACAGGAGUGGCUGUGGUGCGAGACGUGGUGCAGCGACGAGUCCCAGUCGGCCGCCAAGACGAUCGAUCUCUGCAACAAUCCGCAGACAAAGGAGCCCAAGCUCGACCGCGCGCGCAGGCAGGUGCCCGAGUGGUCCGUCUACGACAACGAGAUUGCUGCCCUAGACCGCAGGCGCAAGGGCCUGCCCCCGAUCGAGGAGGCCAGCAACGGCGCAGCCAAGGCGGAGAAGAACCCCAAGAGUCGGACGCUGGAGGGAGAGGAGGCGGUGGCGCCGCCGCCUGAGAAUACGCAUGUCGUGGACGAGCUGUAGUGUGAACGAUGGGUUCUCUUAUGGCCUCUGCAGAGAUGAAAGUGUGUGGAGUAGAUGGGUGGAAGAAGGGACUUGGCGGUAUUUCUGGCAGGCAAGCUGAUGUAGGCAUAUAGCGAGCGGGCGUGGAUAAAUAUUAGACAAGAUUUCUGGGUUUGUUCUCUGCUAUGGGCGUAGGUGGUUCGCCUAGCUAAUAACCAAGGACCUCUAAUAAACAGGCACGUUUAACCAG